UAUUUACAAGUCACGUGAUAUUUACAAGUCAAGUGAUAAGAGCAGGAUAUAGGUCGUUACUAAGAAUAGCUGCAGAGAAAGAGGUGCAGUACAUGGACAAAAUGGCGGACAAUGUAACUAAAGAUGGACUAUUAUAUGGUCGUUUUCCUGACAAGUUUUUAUGGGGUGCUGCCACAGAAAAUUAUAUGGUGGAAGGGGGUUCUGUUGCUGAUGGUAAGGGCAUGAGUACUUGGGAUACAUUUGUUAGAAGUCACGGACACUUGUUUGAUCAUUGUAAUGGGGAUGUAGCGUCUGAUAGUUACCAUAGAUACCGGGGUGAUAUCGAGGCCUUGAAGCUUAUAAAGGCCAACCAUUAUAAAUUCAGCCUGUCUUGGUCAAGGAUUCUACCUACUGGAGACAUCAAUGACGUAAAUCAACAUGGCGUUGAUUAUUACAACUCUGUGAUUGAUGAUCUACUACAAGCCGACAUACAACCAAUGGUUACAUUAUUUUCUUGGGAUAUGCCAAUCAACCUGGCCAAACAUGGCGGGUGGUUAGUGGAAUCAACUAUUGCAGCAUUUGUAGCUUACUCUAAAUUCUGUUUCCGACUAUUUGGAAAUAGGGUAAAGUUAUGGUUAACUAUUUUUGAGCCGUUUGUGGUUGGUUUACAUUGUCAUGAAGAUGGUCUGCUGUAUCCUGGUGAAAUAUCACACAGUGACAACAUGUAUUUAUCUGUUCAUAACAUGAUUAAAGCCCAUGCACAGGUUUACAGAAUGUAUCAGAAUGAUUUUUUCACUCAGCAACAAGGUCAAAUUGGACUAUCUCUGGAAGUGAAGUGGUCGAUAAUGUCAGAUCCCAGCAAUAUUCAAGAUCAAGAAGCCUACAAAAUAAAUGAUGAAUUUAAUUUCGGCUGGUUGGGAGAUCCAAUAUUUAAAACUGGUGAUUAUCCGGACGUCGUAAAGAAAAGGGUUGAAAUCAAAAGCAGGGAAUCUGGGCUAGAGUCUUCUAGACUUCCUGAAUUCACAGAAAGCGAGAAACAAAUGAACAAAGGAUCAGCAGAUUUUUAUGGAAUUACCUACUGGACAGGGGAGAUAAUUUCAGCAUUAGAACAAACACAUGACAAUGUAACCUCGUUAAAGAACGACAAAGGCGUAUGUUCAAAGUUUGAUCCAAAAUGGGAAAGUUGUGCAAGUGAUUGGUUAAAGAUAGUUCCUGGAGGUCUACGACCUACUCUAAAUAAGAUCAAAGAUAGAUUUGGUGAUAUACCUAUUUAUGUGACGGCUAAUGGUAUAUCAGAUAAUGGCGAUGUCGGUGAUGACCAGAAGAGAAUAAAAUAUAUCCAAGAUAAUACAAAUGAUAUAUUGAAAGCUAUUUGUUUAGAUGGUAUAGAUGUUAGAGGUUACACAUAUUGGUCUCUCAUUGAUGGUUUUUACUGGAAUGGUUAUCAGGAGAAGUUCGGAUUGUUUCAUGUUGAUUUUACUAGUGAUGAAAAGACUAGAACCGCUAAACCAUCGGCGUUAUGUUUUGCUAAGAUUGUUGAAAAUAAUGGAUUUGUUAAGGAUUCAGAUGAUAAAUGAUUUGAACACGUCAUUGUGUGUAUUUUUGAGUACAGGAUUCUGUUACUUAAUGUAUAUCAUAUACCUGUAUAUCAUAGGAAAAUAAGUCACAGGUAAAAAAGUCACAGUAAAAAAAACACAGGUAAAAAGUCACAACUUAUAUAUAUUGUAUUGUAGAGUGAGUAUAUCUUUGAUCUUUUAAGUUAUUUGUCUUUGAGUUAAUUAGGUUUGGUUAAUAGAGAGGUUGCUGCAAACACUAUACAAACAGAUUGGCUCUUUGAUCAGUGCUGUGAGUUGAUCUGUUGCCAUGUUCCCUCCUGAAGUUUGGAACGUACAUGACGCAUCCAUGAACAGUGCCCCCUGUGUCAACAUCUGCGAGGGAUGGAACAACAAGUUCUACAAUCUUGUCGGCCAACACCAUCCAUCCAUCUGGAGAGUGGUGGAGUGGUUCCAGAAGGAAUCAGCCACAGUCCAGACUGUCGUCGCCAAGGAUGCCAUCGGAAAUCCACCUGUCAGGAAGGUCAAGAAGAGGUUUGUAAAGAUGCAGACACAACUAUGAAAUCUUUGCAGAGAUCGUGUCAGCGGUGCCAAAUCCAUCCCAGAAUUCUUACAUGGAGUUGGAUGGAACAUUAGAAUUAACAAAGAGUAUUGAUGCGCUAGAAUGUUGAAUGAGCUAGAAUGUGCUAAAAUGUCUGAUGUACUGAUAUGUCAAAUGUGCUAUAAUGUAUUAAAAUGUCAGAUGUGCUGAUAUGCCAUAUGUGCUAAUACGUCAAAUGUGCUAUGAUAUCAAAAUUUGCUGAUUUCUAAAGACUAAAACAGUCUGGUUACAUCUGUGUAAUGAACAUAUAUGUAAUGAAAGGUUAAAUAUGUAUGUUAUUGUUUAUAUUGUUAUUGAAUUUGAGAAGUAAUAAAAAACUGUGACUUUUUUUCCUGUGUUUUUUUUAACUAGGCAAAUUUGUGACUUUUUACUGUGACUUUUUUUCCGCACCGUUAAAAUGAAGUAUAUCCAAUAUUACGGUCUGAUGUAAAAUAUGUAUAUCAUAUAUCUCAGAUAUUAGAAUGUAUGAUAGUAAAUGUAUAUCAUAUAUCUCAGAUACUGAGUGUAAGAUAGUAAAUAUAUAUCAUACAGAUAUUUGAGUGUAUGAUAGUAAAUGUAUAUCAUAUAUCCCAGAUAUUGGAGUGUAUGAUAGUAAAUAUAUAUCAUACAGAUAUUUGAGUGUAUGAUAGUAAAUGUAUAUCAUAUAUCUCAGAUAGUGGAGUGUAUGAUAGUUAAUGUAUAUCAUAUAUCUCAGAUAGUGGAGUGUAUGAUAGUUAAUGUAUAUCAUAUUUCGCAGACAUAGGAUAGUUAAUGUAUAUCGCAUAUCUCAGAUAUUCGAAUAUACAGGAGCUUAAGCUGUUCAAAUUCUUAAUUAAUACAUGUAAGCAUUAAGUGCCUGAACCUUGAAUUCAUCGGUACGUUAAGUACACCACUAGCCCUGUAGCUCAAUGGGCUGGUUAUAUCGGACAUCCUGGUGCUUCCCUGUCACCAUAUUACUAUAUGUGUGACCAUAAUGUAAAUCUACAUGGCGAGGGAGGGAUGGGGUUUAGCAUCCACUCGACACAACCUAGUCUUUUUAGGGACUAACAUAUGGUUUAAUUUGAACUAGUUAAUUAUUGCCAGUACAAAUCUUUACUAGAACCCGAAAAAUACUUAAACGUUUAUUUAAAUAAAUAUAGAAUAGCCUUGUCUAGAUUUCGUUGUAGUAAUCACAAUUUAGCUAUUGAGUCAGGUAGAUGGCAGAACAUGAAUUAAAAUGAUAAAGUAUGUAAAUAUUGUUUAAUUAUAUCAUACAAAAAUUACUACUAAGAUGAACUUCAUUUCCUUGUUGUUAAUUUAUAUGGUCAUUUGAGAAAAGAUAAUUUUAUUGAUUGAUACUGAUUGUAAUAAACUGGCUAAAUUUAUAUACAUGUAUAAUGGAAUGAGAUUAAUAUUUAGUUACAAUUAAAGAUAGAAUAUUUGAAAUAAUUUCAAAAUACUAUGGUUUAUUAAAUAUAUAUAUUUUGAGGCAUAUCAAUUUGGAUAUGUUAUUAUUAUAAUGUGAAAUAAUAUUUCAAUUCUGUUCUAACUGUACAGUAUAAUCAUUUUGUUAUUAUAAUAUUAAUUAUGGUUUGAAACACUGUUGUUUUUGUUAAGAUUAUUAGGGUUUCACACUGCUGUUUUUGUUAAGAUUAUUAUUAGGGUUUCAUACUGCGUAGCUUGUGUGAAGCACUAUUGUUUUUGUUGAGAUUGUUAUUCUUCUUCUUAUUAUUAUAUUUCGAUUUUGAUUAGAUCUCAGCAACUGCUUGUCGAAUCGUUAUGCAGUCUUCGGUUUUAUUGGAAAAGUGGGUUUGACCUAUAGGGUAAAACUAUUUUGAGUAAUAUUUUUGUUAUUAUAAUAUUAAAUGAAAAUUACAAUUGUAAAUAUACUACUGUAACAUAAUGCACUAUGGACGGGAGGCCUUGAACACUGAAUAAUGUUACUAUUAUUAUUACUUGUAUUUCAAAAA